ACCUACCACGAGAAAAUUGAUUUAAUUGAACAAUUGAGCUUAAAUAGGUACGUCGCUGGUUCGUAUAUUUAGAUAAUGAUUUAUAAAGUAACCAGUUAUACGGAAAAUCGUCAAACUGUCGUGUCGAAUAAUAAAUAAAACAUAAAUACAGCGAUGGCUUACAAAUCGGAGAGCCUCGUGGAAUACGUACUGAUACACUACAGAUGGGUGUUUGUGUGUUUGUUUUUACUACCGGCGUCGUUUUUCUUCGAUAUAUGGAUGUACGUCAGGAAUUGGCUGGUGUUCAAAUUUAGCAGUGCCCCAAAGAAACACGGCAGCAAAGUGUUGUUUGUGCAAAGACAGAUACAGGAGUGGAACAAAGAUGGUCAAAAAAAGCAAAUUUGCACUGCUCGACCAGGCUGGCAAACCAUCAGUUUUCGAAGACCAAUUUAUAAAAACAAUAUGUACAAAGUCGAAGUAAAUCUGGUCGACAUUUUGGAGGUGAACGCUAAAAAGAAGCUCGUCAAGGCGGAACCUCUGGUAACUAUGGGACAACUCACAGCAACUCUUAACCCCUUAGGCUGGACGAUUCCAGUACUGCCCGAAAUGGACGAUCUUACAUUAGGAGGACUGAUCAUGGGAACAGGAAUCGAAUCCUCCUCCCACAUAUACGGUCUAUUCCAACACAUCUGCUUAUCCUACGAACUGGUUCUGUGUGAUGGAAGCGUUGUUAGGUGCUCUCCGGAAGACAAUCCCGAUCUGUUUUACUCGGUUCCUUGGUCUUACGGGACGUUAGGAAUACUGACAGCUGUGGAGAUUAAGAUGAUUCCAGCUAGGAAAUAUGUCAAGUUAAAGUAUGAGGCAGUGAAAGGUUUAGGUAACAUCGCCAAGAGAUUCGAGGAGGUUAGUAAGGACACCAGGAAUGAAUUUGUGGAAGGCAUAGCGUUCAAUGAAGAUGAAGCUGUGAUUAUGACAGGGGUACAGACGGACCAACGUGAAGAAGAUAAGAUCAACUCUAUAGGUCGCUGGUACAAGCCCUGGUUCUUCCGGCACGUUGAGAGUUUUUUAAAGGGCAACAAAAAUACUACAGAAUACAUACCUUUAAGGGACUACUACCACCGUCACACCAGAUCAAUAUUUUGGGAGAUUCAGGAUAUUAUACCUUUCGGGAACAACAUUUUGUUCAGGAUAUUCCUGGGGUGGCUGGUUCCGCCUAAAGUGUCACUCUUAAAGCUCACCCAGAAUGAGGCAAUAAAGAAACUGUACGAAAACAAUCACGUCAUUCAGGACAUGUUGGUCCCCAUAGAAACACUUGCAGACAGUGUGAAAUUAUUCAGAGAGAAUUUCAAUGUCUUUCCUUUAUGGCUUUGUCCUUUCGUCCUUCCUGCGAACGCUGGUAUGGUACAUCCGAAAGGGAACGGCGAAAAGCUGUACCUAGACAUCGGCAUGUACGGAGUACCGAAAGUCAACAAUUUCCAUCCCGAGAGGAGUACCAGGAAAGUGGAGAAAUACGUCGCUGAUGUCAACGGGUUUCAAAUGCUCUACGCUGAUACGUACAUGACAAGAGAGGAAUUUAGAAGAAUGUUCGACCAUUCCCUGUAUGACAAGCUGAGGAACGAGAUGAAAUGUGUUAAAGCGUUUCCUGAAGUUUACGAUAAAGUAUCAAGACAAGCGAGGUGUUGAAAACAAAUUGUAUGCCCUUAGAACAAUGUUUACGCAUUUGUGUCGAAUCAUAUCUACAAACUUUUCGUUACAUGUUUUCAAAUGAAUUUGUACUGGAAGUAAUGUAUUUUCAAAUACGUGUUUUAUUUAAUAAAAUGAGUUGCACAUAAUCCAUUAAAAUAAUAUUUAAAUGCAAUUAACAAAUCAUUUUU